AUGUUUGUGAGUAAUUCUUUUCUACUUGAAAAACCAAAAAUAAAUCAUUUAAAGAGCAACUUUUUUAAAAGCUUGUAAACUCAUUUAAUAAAUUAAUGCUUCCAAAUCUAAAUCCAUAAUCUAAAUAAAGAGGUAUAUCAUAACCUAGUCGAGGACAGCCCGUUAGAGUUAUAUUCAAGAAGAGAAGGCGAGACAAAUAGAUAGAGAGAAUCAAUUGCUAUUUCAAAAAAUCUUAGGCAUUACAAUGAAACAUAGAAACAGUUCAACAACUCCGACAAAAACAACAUUAAAUUAUAAAACCAGAAAGGACUUUCAAUAGAAGAUAAUGGAUGAAAAUUAGAAACUAUUCUCUAGAAUAAAAUAACAAACAUCGUAUUACAAAAUUUAGAAAUCUUAAACAAAAUCAUUAUCAAAAUAAAGAGCAAACUCAUCUGUAAAUAUUUACAAAUAUAUAAAAUAGUAUUUGCCAAGCAAGAAACUACAAGAAUUAUAUUAGAGUAAAUUAGAGUAGGGUGGAGUAAGUUAUAAAAUAAAAGUUAUCAUAGAUGGACAGUAUAGAAAUGUAAUUUUUUUAGAUUAUUUAAAAUAAUGGCAACAACAGAAGAAUAAUCUUUUACUAGAGUGCUAGAAAUGAUGAAGAGUGAUGGUAAUAAAGAGUGUAAAUUUGAAUAGGAUUUUUAUUGUUGAAGAAUGUGUUUCAGAAUGAUUUUCAAAAAUUGAUCGAGAGUUUAUAAAUUUCAGAUAAGAUUACAAUCAAAGGGAUAUAAUUAAUAGAGACUCAUGGUAAAUUUGGUUGA